UAAGAACAAGAACUAUUCACUUUCCGGGUCCGUUUAUUAAUGGUGCCUGCUUCUCAAAACAGCAAGAAUCCCGAGGCAGUGUUUACAUUUUUAACUAAACGUUUUGGGGAAUAAAAUAAACAUCACAAGAGCAAUACCAUGUCAGACACGGUAUGGGCACGGUUUAACGAACGUCUUGCUUGUCUGUGAAUUGGUUUAAGAGACAGAAUAAUGGUUGAGCAAUGCUUGCUAGCAAGCUACGUUAGCUGCUAUGUGGGCCGAGAAGAGUAGUGUUUAACACAAGCUAUCUAGUUAGCUACUGUAGGUAGCUAGAUCGAAAAUAGUGCCACUGACUGUGCACGAACGGUAUAACAUUAGGUUUUACUUGCAAGAUUGUAGCUAGCUAUCUGUCACAUGGCUUUCCAUUUUUGGUCUACUAUGUAACGUUACCGAUUCAACUUAUUCUGUUUGGCAAGGACAGGGGAUUCAUAACGUGUUGACAGUGCAGUAGGCUAUCUGACUAUGCUGAUGUAAUGUUGUAUGUACAUGUCAAUGGGACACUUUUCUUCCAGGAGUCAAAAGUUGUUGCUUUCUGUAUAUUCUAGGAAACAAAACCCUCAAGUGGCGAUGGAGGUGAGAAGAAAGAUGGAGAGUACAUUAAACUGAAGGUGAUUGGUCAGGUAAGAGAAUAUGGAGAAGUGUGGAUGCAUCUCAGAUAGGAGAGUUCCUUCCUUGCCUCCUUUCCUAUAUGUGCUAAUAUGAAAGGACACUGGGGGAGCCAUAGGCCUUUUCUCAUUUGGGCUAAAGUCUGUCCUCCCUCUCUCCUCCGCCCUCUCUCCUCAGAAACCGAUAAGUGGUCAGGGAGAGUGUCAAUUCGUUAGUAGGCAAAUGGAAGAGGGUCCUCCCUUCCUCGAUAGCCUCCUUUUGGCAAGGAAGCACAAGCAAAGAUUUUUAUAACUAGCUCAUUGUUCUUUCUGUGGCACAAGGGUUUAUGCUACCUGAGUCCUUCGAGGACGAGUUUUGAAAUCUGCCACACACCCUUUGAAUCAGCUAUUUUCUCAAAGGAGAAAAGCAUGCAAACAUUUAAAAAUGAUAUGCUACUCAUCCUUUUAUCUUUUAAAUGUAUUUCACAACUAGCUAAGUUAGUUUUUAUCACUUAAUACAUUUAUUUUGGGAUCCCACCCUGUAAAUGUAAUUUGCCUGAUGACACGUGAUUGGAAGAGCGAUUGGAAGUGUAUUUCCGUCCACUUUCCAUCUCCUCGCUGCCUCUCCUUGAUUAGGAGGAGAGAGGAUGCAGAAGUUGAGUAAAUCCAAUUGAGAAAAGGCCAUAUCCUGGACUAAAAAGCAUUUAAAAUGGGAAUUCUCCAUUGAUCUUGCUAUUUAGUCCAGGACUAGAAAUUAGUGUACUAGGAACUAAUGUCUGGGAAAGCACCCCUAGAAGCCUGGCACAAACAAGACUAUGAGUUGUGUUCACCAGUUAGGCUCUAAAAAAGGCCUAAUUCUAUCUUUACUUUCAGGACAACAGCGAAAUUCACUUCAAAGUGAAGAUGACAACACAUCUAAAGAAGCUAAAGGAAUCUUACAGUCAAAGACAGGUAGUUAUGAAGCCAAACGAUUGUCCCUGUGCUAUCACAUUUUGACAAUGUGGGUCAGAACUUCAGAAUUCAUAUCAUCAUGUUCGCAGUAUCUGAUGCAACCAUGUGUGAUUCCUUCCUGCAGGGCGUACCAAUGAAUACCCUACGGUUUCUUUUUGAAGGACAGAGAAUCUCAGACAACCAAACCCCCAAAGAGGUAUCCCACCCAUCCCUCUUCCCUUGUAUCAUCCAUACAACCACUAGCCUGGGUGCAAGGCUGUUUCUCUUGCCAAACCCUUAUGGAAUUGACAUGUCCCAAACAUGAACAGACUGGCACCCAGGCUAUACAACUUUAAAUAAUCAUUUUCUUAUUUAUUAAAUUUUUUAGGUGACAUUUCUAUUUGUUUUCUGUGAACCUUGAACAUACUUGCAGAUAAACUUUCCCCUGCAUCUUUCUGACUUUCUCUCCCCCCCUUCCCCUCUCUCUCACCCCCUUCCCCUCUCUCUCACCCUUCCCCUCUUUCUCUCUCACCCUUCCCCUCUUUCUCUCUCCCCCUUCCCCCUUUCUCUCUCCCUUCCCCUUUCUCUCUCCCCCUUCCCCUUCCCCUCUUUCUCUCCCUCCCCCCCUUCCCCUCUUUCUUCUCCUCCCUUCCUCUAUUCUCCCACUUUUUUCACACCUACCUUUUCCCUUUUUUCCACCUUUCCCUUUUUCCUCCUCUUUUUCUUCACCAUCUUGGAUGUCAUUGAAGUGUAUCAGGAACAGACCGGUGGACUUUGGAAUGAUUAGACUCGCUAUAUUUUUCUCAUUUUGAAUUUUGUAUGUAUUUUGCGUUUGUGUUUCAAACCAUCUGGAUCCCACACUCUACUGGGGCUUCCAUGUGUGAGAGCACAAAGAACGAGUGUGGAAGAAUGGAUAGAUGAUCUAUUCUCCUUUUAAACACCUCACACAAUCAUUUCUUCUCCCUCAUUUACAAUGCAGGUAACAUUGUAGUGCAGACAGUGUCAUAGCUGAAUGUCCCCUAUUGAGAGAUGACGCAUACAAUUACUGGUUUUCUCUAGACUGCUACACAUGCCUCGUUCGCACACAAAGUUGGAAUAUACUGUCUCUGAAUGCUAAAGCAUUGUUUUGGAUCUGUUUAGCAAUCCCAGCUUUCUACCAUUGAUGGAUCUGGUCUAAUGAUAUUUUAAAUAUAAAAUGUUUUUAUGAUCAUGAUGUAUAUUUUGCAUCCAGUAUUUGUGUGUAGUAAUUAUUCAUGCCUGUCCUUGGUCAAGAUUCCCCAACCGGCGGGCCGAAUUUGGCACGCGGGUGACUGUUUCUGGCCUCUUCUUGGACUUAAGUGUUUUUCUUGUUUGUCUGUCCUUUUAUCAAAAUAGUCUUGCUGUUUUUAACCACAACAGUAGCCACACAUAGUAAUGAUGUCAAUGCAACAAAUGAUUCCUUAUGGAGGCAUUGAUCCGGAUGGUUUGAAGCAGAAAACUUGUUUUCUUUUUUUGAAUAAAAUGUUUAACAAAAACAGGACUGAUAGUUUCCAACUUUGACACGUGUGUACCAUCCAUGGUAGACCAAACAAGAAUGUUCUGGAGCAGGACUGCAGGUUGGAUUCCUGU